UGGUCAUGGCACUCCACAAUUUGAAGCUCAGUCGAAUAUGGAUUACACAGGCGUACAGGAUGCUGGCGUGGAACAAACGGAUACCAUUACCGACUUGGAUGCAUUGAUUAAAAAAAAUAUCGUUGAUGCUGUCAAUGAGAUUGUGCCUAUCGCCAUUGAGAAGUACCUUGACGCAAACAUCGAUAGGGUUGUAGAACGUGCGGUUUCAGCAGCGGUGGAUAAAAGUUUUGCGAUGAAUUUCGCUCGACUUACUGCAAUGACUGGGGUUAUAAAAAACACGGAAACGGAAGUUGACGUAAGAGCUGAGCAGCAUGCACUAAUCGACACUGAAAAGCAACUGGACGAUUGGAACACAGACUUAGCACAGGAUGCUGUUCGGAAGAAAUAUAUGGAAUAUUUUUCGAAAAUCAUCGUACCGAAUUCGUACCUCGAGAAGGGAGAUGACGCGUUCUACAUAAUCUCGGAUUGCCUUUUCACGCGACGGUUCUGGAACCGUUUCACAUGGACAGGGGUUAACAGAGGUGGCAAGUCUGAGCGUGGUUUUCGUGAAUUUGGGAACGUCACGGAGCUUCUACUGAGCCUUGUUCAGAUUGGAGAUCCGAUGUAUACAAGACUGCUGCUUGAGAAGUUUUGCAAGACCCGUUUGUUCAGGCAUGCCAAAUCGCGAGCAACCAACAAGAUGCUGCGGAAGUCAUCCUGUCGUACCAAACGUAGUGGCAAGAAGAAGCAAACGGAGAAGGACGUAACUGAUGGUGUUCCUGAUACCGGCAGUGCAGCUACUAUUCACUCUGAUGAUGAGGAUAUGGGAGAAUUUGAGAACGCAUCAAGCGGAGAAAAAACGAGAUAUCUGAAGAUGAAUCGAUCGGUCAGGAAUCGAUUGUUAGCAGUAGUGAUAGCUCGUGUUAAACAUUUCGUUUAUUUUUUGACUGAGAUUGUUGAAUUGAUUUUUUUUAUUUAGGCAUUUCGUUACAUAAGAUAAUUCUUUACAUUUGAUUGAUCGUUUUGUUCUAACUUUUACUUCGUAUUUGUCAAAGUAUGCAUAAGUGGAAUGAAAACAAUUUCAUGUCUGCGUGUAAAAGGUACCAUCAUACAUAAUAUUGCAUCAG